AUGCCUUACCAGGAUGAGGAGUACCCCGGGCAGCCGCUGUGGCAAUCAGUGCUGUUCUUCUGCUGCAAGGGCAUGAUCGAGGUGAUCAUUGUCUUGCUCUUCAUCUGGCUCCUGGUGCAGGUCCUGUUCACCAAACACCUGGAAGUGCACCUGCAGGUCCUGCUGGGAGUGGGCCUGGCUGUCUUCUGCUUCUGCCUGAUCCUGGGCUGCAUACUGUGCUGGCGCCGGGGGAAGUCCCGCCCUCCCGAGGACAAAGAAGCUGCGGUGUCACUUCCUCCUGUGCCCGUCGAACACGUGAACCUGGCCCUGAGCUCCUCCCCCUCCACCGGAACCAUCCCCAUAAAGCAGCAGUACGAGGAGCUGGAAGGGGACGUGCUGGAGUACCCCCCGCCUUUCGGCUGCUCCUCCCCCUCCGAGGAUGACUUCACCGCCCUGCCCUUCGUCCCGCGUCCACGUGCGGGCUCUGAGCUGAACGAGCACCCGAAAUCCUGUUUCCCCCUCCGCCGGCUCAGCACCCCUGUGGCCUCCUCCACGCCUUACAAGCCCAUGGUGCACGGCCGGGCCUCCCUGCCCUCUUUACCCAAGCUGGGUCUGGUCUCUAAGACACGGCGGGCACUGGAGCGCCGCUGCACGGUCACAGGCGACAGCUUCCUGUACGGCGAGCACAGCCGUCUGACCGGCCCUGCCCACUCCUCGCACUCUGCCCUGCAGUCUCUCUCCGCCCCCGAGGAGCCGCCCCUCCUCCGCUAUGGCUCCAGCUCCAGCUGCAGCAAGCCGCCCCCCCGCCUCCACUUCACCCUGCUGUUCGGCCCCGCCCGCGGCACCCUGACGGUCACCGUUCUCAGCCUGUCAGGGGCCGCCCGCCGUCUGGGCGGGGUCUUUGUGCGCGCCAGCCUGCCCCCGCUCCGCCCCGCCCCCCUGCAGAUGUCUGCCCGCCGCCGGAGCCUCAGCCCAGAGUUCCAGAGCCAGAGCUUUGUGCUGCAGGUGGGCUCCGCGGAAGAGCUCCGCGGCUGCACCCUGCAACUGGCCGUCUUCGCCCGCGACUUCUCUGGCCUCAGGGAGGUGGCGCUGGGCGACCUGGAGCUGCCUUGCGGGGACAUAGACUGGGAGCCUGACCACACCAUCACCUUUACCAAGGACCUCAGGCCAGCCAAGUACAGGCUGAAAAAGAGCCUGAGUUCCCAUGAUUCCCUGAGUCGGAGGGGCUCCGCGAGCGCUCCCCGGGUCCUGGGUCAGCUCUUCGUGCUGCUGCAGUACCAGACGCUGGCGCAUCGCAUCAAGGUCAUGGUCCGCAAAGCCGAAAACCUGGCUAAGCUGUCCCGAAUGCCGGGGGCCCCAGAUCAUUAUGUGGUCAUCAACCUGCGCCACGAGGGCAAGGUGAUCGGCACCAAAGAGACCAAGGGAGCGGCUGGGUACAACGCUGUGUGGAACGCUCCCUUCCUGUUUGACCUGCCCCCUGGUGAUGUCACUGAGCUCCCCCUCGUCUUGGAGUUCAUCAUCAUGCAGGGGCGGAUCUACACGAAGAACAGCAUGCUGGGCCGUGUCUUGAUUGGCAGCGAGGCCCCGGAGUCAGGGCAGGUUCACUGGAAGGACAUGUGCAGCCGGGGGCAGGUGGAGACGGCGCGCUGGCACACCAUCCAGCCCGAGCCGCUGUAGAACGGGACGCCGGAGACCCCGCAGCUCCAACUGUCCAUUUCACAAACCCCAUCCCCCACCCCGAAUAAAACUCUCCACCCCAUCGCUGGAACCGUAGGCCAGAAGGGCCCGCUGUAGGGCAAGGGGCUGUGCCCUAUCCCAGUGCAGGUGUGACCCCAGACACCCUACCAAGCCCCUCCAGGUAACAUGCGGGUCCAGAUACACCCUGAGCCACACUGGUAUGUAGAGCUCAUU